UCGCGCGCUCGGCAUGCCGGGAAACGUAGUCUCUAGGCCGAGAGAGCCUGCUUUGCCUGCCGUGGAGCGCUGCAUUGUGGGAAAUGGGGGCGUGGUUUCGACAAGGAGGCGGAGGCGGCCGCCAUUUUGGUGAGGCUGCAUUGGUGGUAUAUUUUUUGAGGGGAAGGAAGCCGAGACUGAGAAAGAAAGCGAGCGGGGCAGGGAAAGCCCCUUGUGUUUCUGUGAGCAAGCCAGCCAGCCAUUUCUGGCCACACCUGAAAACAGAACGAAGAACUACAUGGGCAUUUGACCCCACACAUACCAAGAGGAAAACCUGAAAAACUGCUUGAUUCUGCAAUGGAAAAUGAAAAUAAAGAUGAUGUUUCUUCCGGAGUUGGGCUUCUGCUUAGAAUGGGCCUCAAUGAUAACAAAGCUGGAAUGCAAGGGCUGGAUAAAGAGAAAAUCAACAAAAUCAUAAUGGAAGCUUCCAAGGGUUCUAAAUUUUAUGAAAAUGAGCUUAAGAAAGACCAGCAAGUUAACAAACGAAUUGAGAAACUGCUAGAACUAAAAAAUAAAAUUACAGAUCAACAGAUUAUGAAAGCACAACUACAGAUGGAUCAAUUUGUGAUGGAAAUGGAACGGAACCGUGAUCUUAGCUGUACUAUUGUGCAUAUUGACAUGGAUGCCUUUUAUGCAGCUGUAGAAAUGCGAGAUAAUCCAGAGCUGAGAGACAAGCCCAUUGCGGUGGGAUCAAUGAGUAUGUUGUCCACUUCAAAUUACCAUGCUAGACGAUAUGGGGUACGUGCUGCUAUGCCUGGGUUUAUUGCUAAGAAGCUGUGCCCACAUCUUACUAUAGUGCCUUUAAAUUUUAAGAAAUAUAAAGAAGUAAGUAAAGAGGUUAGAGAAAUAUUAGCUGAAUAUGAUCCACAUUUUUUGCCUAUGGGCCUUGAUGAAGCUUACUUGAACAUAACAGAACACUUAGAAGAAAGGAAGAACUGGGAUGAAAGCAAGAGAAAACAUUUAAUCAAAACAAACAGCUCUGCUCUAGAUGGUAAACAAAAGAGAAUUAUGUAUGAUGAGUCAAAGUUGAGUGAAAAUGCACAUUCCUGUUCACCGGACUUGUUUGGUGAUGAUAUUUUGAAGUGCAAGCAAAAUGUUGGCCCUCUACUGCACUCAGAAGAAGAAGAACACCAGCAAUCAACAGCUCCAACAAAAUCAGUUGUCUUUGGAACAUCAGCUGAAGAAAUUGUGGAGGAAAUUCGCUUUAGAAUUGAACAAAAAACAAGGCUCACUGCCAGUGCAGGUAUUGCUCCAAAUACAAUGUUGGCAAAAAUGUGCAGUGAUCAAAAUAAACCUAAUGGUCAAUACAGAAUCCCCCCAGACAGAGAAGCUGUGAUGAACUUCAUCAAGGAUUUAGCCAUCAGGAAGGUGCCUGGCAUAGGAAAAGUAACAGAGAAGAUGCUCAGAGCUUUGGGAAUUGUGACAUGCACUGACCUUUACCAGCAGAGGGCACUGAUUUCUCUACUCUUUUCUGAAACAUCUUGGCGUAAUUUCUUGGAAAUCUCUCUUGGUUUGGGUUCUACACAUUUAGAAAGGGAUGGAGAAAGAAAAAGUAUGAGCACUGAAAGGACUUUUAAUGAAAUAAGUACAGAAGAACAAUACAAGUUGUGUAAAGAACUGUGCAGUGACCUUGCUCAAGAUUUGAAAAAGGAAGGACUUAAAGCUAGAACUGUAACUUUAAAGUUGAAGAAUAUAAACUUUGAAGUGAAGACAAGAGCUACUACAGUAUUGUCUACCAUUUCUACUGAAGAAGAAAUAUUUGCUGUUGCUAAAGAUUUGCUUGGAUCGGAAAUGGAGAAUGUGGCCCCACAACCUUUACGGCUACGUUUGAUGGGUGUACGGGUAUCAGGUUUUCUAACUGAAGAUGAAAAGAAAUAUCAACAAAAGAGCAUUGUUAAUUUCUUAGAGCCAGGAAAACAAGUCAGUGCUUCUAAGCUCUUUUCAAGAAAAUCUGUGGAGGAAAAUUUUCCAAGACCGCCUGAUAGAGAAAGUUUUUUCAAUAAAAAACGAGCUACAAGACAACAAGAUAUGGCAUCAGUCACAUCAUCAGUAGAUCAAGCAAAGUAUAAUGAAUGCCAGUUCUUCAUUUGCCCAGUUUGCUUUGAAGAGCAUCAAGAUAGCAGUUUAGAGGCAUUUAAUAGGCACAUUGAUAAGUGCCUUAGUGGAACAUCAGGAAAAGAUGAUGCAAAAAGUAUGAAUAACAGCAAAGCAUGGGAGAAUACAAGUGAUCUGUCAUUAUACAGCAAGAAGAAAGACUGUCAGAAAGAUAAUGCAAGUAACCAAGGGACUGAAGUACAGGCAAAUUAUGUAGUGGAUUAUGCUACCAAUACUAGCAUGGAUAUUUGUUCUAUAGUGCAAAAUAAUGAACACAAUAAUGAGAGCAGGUGUAUCAUUUCUAGUGACCGCGCAUCUGGUAUGCACGAAAAGCAGGAUUUAACAUCUGAAGUCUCAUCAGUGGAAAAAAGAGAAUAUUUUGAAGAACCCAAAUGUACAGAAAUCAAGUUGCCAUGUUUUUCUUACAUGAGUGACAACAAGAUUUUAGUGUGUCCAGUCUGCAACUUAGAACAAAAAACAAAAGACCUUGCAUUGUUUAAUAGGCAUGUGGAUAUCUGCUUAAACAAAGGCAUCAUUAAGCAGCUGACUGAAAAUUCCAGUAGUGCUGGAACUUUGGACAGAGAGCAACAUAGUACAGCUUCCACAAUAGGAACAAAACGAGCUGGAAAAAUACUUCAACAGUCAACAUCCAAAAAAGCCAAAUCAACCAAUUCCAAGUGCACCAUAGAAUCAUUUUUCAAAUGAGUAUAGCAUAUUUUAAAGAAAACAUUUUGAUCGCUUUUACAGUACUAUAGUGUGACUGUAAAACAUUUUGCUCAAGCUAUUUUCAUUGUUUAUGUAUUUUAUACAUGAUUUUGCACUAAUCAAAAGACUAUUUUGCCCUCAGACAGUUGCCUUGCAGUAACAUUUUGAAGAAUGAAGAUGUACUGAUUUGAAGAAAGAAUGAAGAAUGAAAAUGCACUGUAGUCAGCAGCUCCCAAUAUAUCUUGUUAGUAGUGGUUGUCAGUUUCAUUACUCAUGGAUAUGUUAGAAAAGUGAAAUGAUUACACUUUCAUUUGGUAAUGAACAGAUGCACUUCAUAAAGGAUAUGAUGUUAAUAUGAGUUUUUGAUAAUCUGAUCAGUAAAGCCAAGAUUUAAAACUGCUUAUCUUCUACUGUGCUAUAUAAAAAUUAUUGCAGAAAGUGAUGGUACUUUGUAGUCAUGCAGUACACUUAGCACAGUAAACACUGACAUUUAAGAGUCUCAUCUGUAUGCAACCACAAACACACAUGCACACCCAGCAGAUAAAAUCCUAACUUGUUAAUGUACAGAGAAAAUUUGCUUUCUUGUGUAUAACUUGUCAGCAUUUAAUGUACCACACUGACUGGACUAAAUUAAUAUAAAGCAGAUAAAUAAACUUUAUCCUGCUUUUCUACCUCAAAUGCAGGCAAACUGAUACACUUUUACUUCUAGGCUGUUUUAUUUUAAUUGAAUACAGCUUUUGUUUUGUUUCGUUACGUUUUGUUAAUGCCCUGUUAGCACUUACCAUCAUCCCAAACCCACUAGAAAAGACCUGUGGUUUUUUUGCCUGUACCUUUUAUGUUAUGUGGCUUUGUAGAAAACCAUUUUCAGUAGUUAGCCAAAAAUGUGUUUCGCCUUCCCAGAAUGGCUGAUCAUGUUAAAGAAGCAAUUUAUUUAUAGAAUUAGAUCCCCUGACUGCAGUAAGACUAUUCUGGUGUAAACAAAUUCAGUAUACGAAAAUCAAGUUAGGAAAUUGUAUAAUGAAAUAAGCCUUGUCUGUGUGCAGCUUAUUAUGAUUACGUCAGUAUUCUAAAUAAUGCAUUCCUUAAUGGUUGGUUAGGAUCAGGGGCAUGUAACUUAUAUGUGAAUUUUACCCAUCAUAUUUUAAAGAAUAUUAAGAAAGCAGUUUGCAUGUCUAAAUAUUAAUAUAUUUUUGUCUUUACAUAAAUUAUGUAUGUAUUUUAAAUUUAAAUUGCAAUGUAAUAUAAUGUCCAAAGCAGUUUUUAUCAAGCUUCAUUUCCAUAAUUGUGAAUCUCACUGUGAUGCAAAAUAAUAAUAAGCUUCGUAGAAUAUUUGUAUGCUAUUAAAAAUGCACUUUUAUUUUUCUGAA